AGGCCAUUGACACACGUGGUUGUGUAGUUGCAACGUCGCGAGCAGAAACAUGGUGGACCCAACGACCACCGACAGCUACGACGGUGGUGCGAUGACCAGCUGUGUGUGUCGAGAGGGCUUUGAUCCGAGGCGCUUUAUGCUCGAGUGUGCCUACUGCGAGCACUGGUUUCAUGGCGUGUGUGUGCAGUUAAAUGAAGAGAAAGCGUUUGCGAUCGCCAAGUAUGCAUGUCCAGCUUGUACCAACAAGGGCUGCCAAACCAAAUAUGUGGCAGAUCCAAAGCCGUCCUUGGACCCGUCUCUCUUGCCGCUGCCUCGCCAGUUUGCCUCCCUCAACAUCAAGCAAGUCCUCGCAGGACCAUCGCCAUCCAGCGUCGACAAGGCCAGCGCCAAGUUCCAUCAAAUGCUUGAAUGCGGCAUGUACGCUCGAUCUGGCGUCCGCCGUGUCGCCGGCGCGAGUGUCACCGCAGCGUUUAUCCACGCCAACGGGUUCCACGAACCGAUCGUGACCGACGACACGAUGGGCGCCGUGCCUGGGCUCCGCGUGCCCGACUCUUCAAUCCACGUCGACGACCUGCCCAACAUUCUAGCCGCGGCCAAGCUGAUCAAAACCAUCGACUUGUCCAGCCAAGUUCCCCGACAAUUGACGUAUACGGACGUGACGUCCAUAUGCAACGACGGCGACUCGUGGUGUGGCAACGUCGAGUUUCCUGUUAUCGACACCCCGUUGGAGUACCAGAUCUCGCCGCCCCAGCUCGUGCUCGACUUGGACUGGUUCCAGAGUUCCCGAGCGGAAACUGGCGGCGCGUCGUUCAACCCCAACACGUACAUCGCCAUGUACUCUGCACAUUCGUUCAAGGACUUUUGCAUGAGCCCCAACGGAUCGUCGACGUGGCUCCAUCACUUGUACGGUCCGGCGCUGACGGUGUACCUGGUACCGCCGACCCCGACCCACGUCGACAAGUUCAUCGAGUGGUGUGUGAGUUCGGCUCGAGCCGCCGUGCACUUUGCAGACCUGACCGACAAGUGCAUCAAAAUCGACGUUCUGCCCUCGUCGUCGCUGCUGAUUCCAGCCUCGUGGAUGUACAGUCUGUACGUACCGGCCACCGCCACCGCCAUGACGACGACGGGGCCAGAAACGAAUGUUGUGUCGACGUUGCAGUCAUCGCCAUCGCCGCCGCAGCAGCAUCCCCCCUCGACGGCAGCGGUGUUCUUGACGGGGUAUUUCUUUCACGGGUUCAGCAUGAAGGAGCAAGUGCGGGUGCUUGAAGUGGAGCAGACUGUCGCGCGCAAGGCGAGUGCCACCGGCCGCCCCCCCAUGUGGCCGAUGGUCACGUCCGCCGCGCAAUUUCCCGCGCCGUCCCCCGAGAUGCUCAAGACAUGGGUGUGGCCCGCGGUGCAGCGGUUCAUCGGGCGCCUCAAGCGGCUGCAAGUGCUCACCGAGUGGGAAACCCUCGGACUGUUGCACAUUUUGCCGCUUUUGCGGCACUGCGACCUCCCCAACCAGGGCGACUCGACCGUCGAUGCGUUGCAGGCGCUCCUGGGGGUCAAGGACCCUUCUCUUGGCGGCGCGUCGACACCUGUGGCCACGUCCAUGGCUUCGAAGGGCAAAGCCAAGAAAGCCACGACGCCAUCGUCACAGCUGUCCUCGAUGGGACCCCCCCAUCCCCCCCCCGGCGCCCCCCCUUCGUCGUCGCUGGUCGCUGCGUCCGAUUCGUUUUUGAAACAACGCGAUAAGAAAGUAUGCAAAUGCCACUUGAAAAAGUGCGUCAAUUGCCGCAACUGCACCAAACGGCACUGUAUCUGCGGCACCCCCCCGCCCCCCUUGUCCACAUCUUUGUUGGUCGGAGGAGGACUUGCUGGCGGUGGUGGUGUGAACCUCCCGUCCAAGAAAGCGACGUUGGUGCUCGGGGACAAGAAGGCCAAGAAAAAGCCACCACCGACCCCAGCAACGACGAUAGAAUCAACUUCGACUGGGCCGCCCAUGGCGUUGUCGGCGGUGCCAUAUCGCCCACCCCCGCAACUUGCUCUACAACACACGGACACGGCGCAGUCGCUGCCCCCGUCAGGGGGAGCGCUUGCCCCGUGGGCGACAGACGACGACCCGCACGAUGCGUCGUCGAUGUGGGACCACGACAUGCACCAGUCGUUCUUUUCUGCGACAGAGCUUGGCCUCAACAUGCCCGGGGCGCUCGAGCUCGACGACGCGUUCGGAAUCAUCGACAUGGUGGAGAGCUCGUCGCUGUUUUCAGGGUACCCCCCCCAUCCUCCUCCUCAUCCUGACGCGGCCAGGGUGUCCCCCACCGCGAUCAAACGAGAAUAUGACGGUGAAGAAGGCGGCGGUGGCGGGUCGACGUCUUCGUUCUCGGCACCCCCCCCAUCAUCCACGCAACUAGGGGGGGGGCUGCAUCCCCACUCGUCGUUCUUGUUCGACCCGACAUCGGCGGCAUCGGCCGACUUGUACGACAGCGAAAAGGAAGGAGUCAAGGACUUUGGCGACAUGACCCCCGACGGCGACGGCUCGCAGCGCCAUCGUGCGUCCUGCCACCGCUGCGGCAACCUCCGCAAGAAGAACGUGCGGUGCCUCGGGUGCCCGCACAUUUUCUGUCAAAAGUUGUGCCCAUUCUCAUCAAAGGUCGUCGUGCGUGUGCUCAUAUCCCAAGUGCGUGUAGGUGUGCGGAGAAGAUGGUAGAAGAGCACGGCCCCCAGACGUUUAUCGGCGGAUGCCCCGUCUGCAAAGAGAUGUGUUGCUGUGGCAAAAACAGGUCCACCGUCUGCCGCCGCAAGUUUCACUGCUACAAGAAGUGCCCAGCUACGAAGCGGUGCAAUUUGCUCUCGGACGAAGCAAUGAAACUUCGGGGAGAUGACGCCGACUCGUUCAAGGACGAUGACAUGCUCAUGGAGUUCAACAUACACGACGACGACCUCGACGGCAGCGACAUCAUGGCGAUGCCGCCGUCGCUGGCCGACAAUCCGUACCAUGUGCCGCCGCACCCGUCGUCGUCGCUCAGCGAGUGCGAUUUUGACAUGGACUUGGGGGACUUGGACUAGUUACUGUACUAGUUGAUUCUGGGUAUAUAUUGUCCUUUUACCCAAUAUUUGGACUUCGCCAAAUCUAUCGAUCGAUACUUUAUCAUCACUUUACUGUUAGUCGUCCAUGAUCACACUAAUUUCAGUCACACA